GUGACAUUUCAGUCCGCUCGCUCCGCGAAGUUCUGGAGAAGUUUGCCGCGAGGUGGUUUAGCAACCCUCGAGAGGUUCUGGAGGAAAUUAAAUUGUUCCCGAUUCGGCUCUUUAUUAGCGAUGAAGGAUAAUUGCUUCCACUGAACACAAAGAAUAGUUGGUAGAUUGUUUUGAAUGGUUUCAAUGAGUUGGACUUGGAAAGGAAAUUAGGAACGAAAGGCAGGUGCUAUGCUGAAUCGUGUUGGUAGCAAUGAAGCAUGGAGCAAAUAAAGGAAUGCAAAGAAACGGGUGGACUCUGCUUGCGCUGUUCUGAAAGAUGGCGGUUCUGCUGUCCACCCUCACCGUCAUGAUGAUCAGUCUGUCGGAAGCGAAGUCUGGCAAUGACCUAUGCACCUUCAACCCCCUAUGCACGUGCCGUCGCUCCCAUCACGAGGUCAUCUGCCACGGCGUGCCGUUUUCAGAAUUCCCUGCAUUUCCCACCGAAGAAAUAUACCAGGUCACGAUCUUACGUUCUGGGCUUGAGGUGCUGCAUCAUAAUUUUCUCGAAGGAUCCAGCAUAGCAUCUUUGCACUUGAUGCAGAAUCAACUGACACGUGUAUCUGCCAAGGCCUUCAGUGGCUUAGAGAACAUACUCACGACACUGGAUCUCAGCUACAACCAGCUGGACGACACGCUCCUAGCAGCUUUAAUCCCUCUCAGCAACCUUCAAUGGCUCAACCUCAAGGGCAACAAUCUGGAAGAAGUUCAUGCAUCCAAGUGGUCCCAAAUGAAUUUUAAGAACGUCAUAAAUAGUUUGUUUUUAAGUUCUAACCACGUAACACGUAUUCAGGAGGGUGCCUUCUUGAUGCUGAGUAACCUUGCCUUACUGGACAUCGAGGGAAAUUUGAUUCACGACAUCGAUAGUCAUUCCUUCCCAAAUUCCCUUCAGUCUCUGUCGCUAUCCAAUAACAUUUUGAAAAAAGUGCCUCUACACGCUAUUUACACUCUCAAAAAUCUACGUUAUUUGUAUUUAUCUGGCAAUCUGUUCCGAAAGUUACCUACCCCAUUCCAUCUGCAAACAACACGUCUUGAAAAGCUAGAAAUAAGCAACAAUAUGUUAAAUCAGCUAUCAGAAUUUGUAUUCAAUGGUUCUUUCACCAUCAAGGAAUUGGUACUUGAUUUUAAUUUCAUUAGAACAUUAUCUGCCAGAUGUUUUAAAGGCACGGCACUUGAAAGACUUGUUUUGGCUAAUAAUAGGAUCACUAAACUACAUUCUGAUGCUUUCGUAGGUGUAGAAACGACGCUCAAAACACUAGAUUUGAGUUUUAAUCUACUAGAAGAAUUUCCUUCUGCUGUAAACAAUCUUAAUGCGUUAUUUUAUUUAUCGUUAAAAGGUAAUAUGUUAAAAAAUCUUGAGAAGGAUGAUUUGAUAGGAUUUCGAAGGACGCUGGAAAUUUUGGAUUUAUCUGGUAAUUUAUUUGAAAAUGUACCCCAAAAGACUUUGAUGCGGAUGAAAAAAUUGGUGCGCCUCAGUCUCCAAGACAACCGCAUACGUAAAAUUCAACAGGUUGAUUUCAAAGACUGGGGCGAAACUCUAACGACGUUGAGCUUAGCGAAUAAUGGUAUAACUCAUCUACCAGAAGAAAGCUUCAUUCACCUUAAAAAGUUAAAAGAAUUGAAACUUUCUUUCAAUAAUAUUUUGUUCUUUUCACCUCAUGUAUUUAAACCUUUAGAAAAAACGAUAGAAGUUCUGGAUUUGAGUUCCUCUUUAUUUUCGCAUAACCAAUCAGCAGAGCUUUUGUGGAAGAAUUUAAAAAAUUUGGAAUGGAUGCAAUUAGAUCAUAAUAAUAUCUCAAAAAUAUCAUCUCUGAGUUUAAACUCCUUGUUAAAAGUGCGACGUUUAGAUUUUAGCAACAAUGACAUUAAAGAAAUUCCAACUGACUUUUUUAUGGGUGCAAAAAACGUAUAUCUAGGAACAAUAAAUUUAAGCAACAAUCAUUUAAAAUUAAUUAAAAGUGGAACAUUCUGGGAAAUACCGCAUGUUUCUACAGUUAUUUUAUUUGGAAAUAAAAUAGCGAUGGUUGAAGAUUAUGGUUUUGCUCACUGUACUUAUCUUCAUACCAUAGUUCUAUCUAAAAACAAUUUGACAUCAAUAGCCCCUUCAGCUAUUUACAAUUUAACAAGACUCUCAAAUCUCUUUUUGCAAGACAAUUCAUUGCGAGUCUUUUCUUUGGACAUUAUAGAAGGAGAGACAUCUCAAUUAUAUGUAAAUUUAUCAAACAAUGCUUUACUAGAGCUAAAACCAAAUGACAGCAACUCGACUACAUAUGUAAAAAUAAGAACUUUAGAUCUUACAAACAAUCAAAUAUCUGUGAUAUCAAAUGAGUUCAUGGUUUCCAUAUCAAAAUGCCUAGUAUACUUAUUUUUAUCGAAAAAUCAAAUUGAAAACGUUUCUUUUCCGUUACUACAAGAACUUCAGUUACUAGACUUAUCCUGUAACAAAUUGCUCACCCUGAGUUCUGAUGACUUUACAUGUUGUCCAAACGUCCAAAUCUUAAUGAUGGAUCAUAACAACAUAUCAGAUAUUCUAGAUGGUGCUUUGGACGUUUUGAAAAAUUUGAGGAUACUCGAUCUAAGCCAAAAUAACUUGUUUUCUCUGAGAGAAAAUACAUUUUCUUCAACGAAAUUGGAAAGGCUUAAUUUAUCCGGAAACCAUCUACUGCAACUGCCAUCGAUGACUUUGAACAUGGUGCAUAAAACUCUCAGAAUCUUAGACUUAUCUUUCAAUGAAUUCGAUAACUUAUCUCUGGUGGACUUCGCCGGUAUGAACAAACUUCAAGCCUUAAAUUUGUCUUCCAAUCACAUUUCUUUCCUCGACGGCGAGAGUUUUCAGGGUCUUACCCACCUACUUCACCUGGAUUUGUCUCACAAUCCUCUCAAGAAGGUUAAUGAAGAAUCCUCCCUCAACUAUCUUUCGAACCUCAGGUCCUUCUUGGUGUGUAACAGCAGCUUAAAAUCCCUUGAAACGCUGCCACUACCACAACUACAUGUGAUGUCGUUAAGAAACAAUUAUCUUUUCAACAUAUCCCAAAACGUAUUUCAAAACAGCGACCAAGUGCGAUAUCUAGAUUUGUCAGGCAAUUUAUUACAGGAUGUACCAAUGCAUCUAUGGCCAAACAUGAAACAUCUCAUAAGUUUGGAUAUUUCUUAUAAUCCUAUUGAAGUUUUGGGUGUAAAUAGCUUUAAUGGACUUGACAGGCUACAAUCACUGGAUAUUAGCGGCUUAAUGCUAAAGCGUCUGGAUCCAAGAACACUUCAUGGAUUAAGAUUUCUAAUCUCUCUGAAAACGGAUUCCUAUGCAUCGGUGCGGUCAUUCCGCCUACAAGAUCUACUAUCCCAAGCCCCAGCCCUUCGAAAGGCGAUCGUCAAUGUUGAAGAAACCACGCUGUCUCACCAGGUCCAGAGGGCAUUCGGAACCAAGCUACGGGAACUGGUCAUUACAGGAACAAACCUAAGGACGAUCCUACCGGACGCUUUUGCCGGUCUCACCACCCACGAACUGACCAUUCGGAUUAGCGGCACGCUGGUCAGCAAGUUUCCCGAUGGAUUGCUCAGGUAUCUGCCGGAUGUUCGAUACCUGACUCUGGACCUAAGGAACAAUCGACUGACCAGCAUGGGACCGGGUGUUCUGGCUGCUAUCACUAGAGACGGGCCGGUCACUUAUCAGACACAGCAUAUCACUGGUGGCGUCUUAUUAGAAGAAAAUCCGUGGAGUUGCAGUUGCGAGCUGCUGUGGUUAGGCCGCUGGUUAAGACGUUGGCUAAGAGAGACUUUCCACGUCCACAUGUUAAGCGUUGAAGCUUCUCUGUACGUGAACAGUGUGUCCAGAAAAGCCACCUGCACUGUAUCUGGUAGCAACAUCACUUUGGCCAUCAUCGACCUGAGAAAAUCAGAUGUGGACUGUCAUCAGGCUGUUGGAGGGACCUCACUUCAAGCCCACAUGAACCUAUCCUUGAUCACCUUCCUAUCACUGGGAGUGCUUCUCCUUCCCAUAUCAUUCGCAUGCUCUGUAUUGUAAAAAUAUCAUUCACGUUUCGCUGUAUCUCUGUGUCUGAUGUAACAUAAAACUGGAUUGUUGUGGAUGAUUACCGUGUGAAAGAGUGAAAUACUCAAAA